CGGGCGUAGUUGCCCCUGCCGGGGACUCAGGUGUGGAGCCGGGCCGGCGGCGCAGGUGUGCCGCGUUUGUGCGGUCUCCGCCCGGGGGGUUCGCCGCCGCCGGCCUGUUUUUUCCCCUCCUCCUCCUUCUGAAUCCGAACCCAGCGUCCACGCCGUAGGUCAUUCUGUGGCUGCUCCCAGAGACUGGCUGAUACUUUAAAGUAAUCCCAUCUUUCUUAAAAAUCUAGUUUGCAAGGGAAACUUUAGAAUGGUCCAUACUAUGAAGGGAAAUAAUGACCCCCUUGUUAUAAGACUUGCUCCUUUUCCGCUCAAAUCCUGCUCAUGGAGCAGGGCUGGAGUCAAAACGGUGGAACCGCGCCGUGACCAGCCGCUCCCGGGGUUAGACUGUGUAUCAGCGAGGCGGACGCGUUUUUUAUUCAGGUUGAUGACAGUAAAGAUUUCUGAGUGGGGUUGGAGGUCCUCUGCUACCAUCGUAGCUCAGCUGUCCCUGGCAAGACAGUCCCGUGGGCCGGGUCACAGCCAAAAGAGCCUCUUGGUGAAAGGUGGGCCCAGCCAAGGCAAAGGGCAGAAUUCUCCAGGGUGAGGUGCGCUCCCCUCCCACCAGAGCCGUGAGUGCUUUACGAAUGGAGACUGAGUUUUCCAGAGUUUUGAAACGAUCCCCAGACAUGGGGGGGAAGUAACACACUCUUUAAAGGGGGGACCUAAGUUAGGUGCCAGCCCUUAAAUGACAGUUCUCAGUGUGUCCUUUGGAUUAAGGCAGCUUCGGCCCUGAAGAGAACUGGGAGAGGUUUAGGCGUUUCAGCAAGAUUGGGGCCAGAGGGAGAAAUGGCUUUUCUGCCUUUGGUCUGACCAAGUCCAGGGCAAACGCCCAGGUGCUCUGAGAAGCGUGGGCGAAGGCCAGUCCCGCACCUGUAGCCACUCUCAGGCCCUUCCUGGAAUUGGGUUGGGUGGGCCCGGGGCAGUCUCUUAUCACCUCCUGCCUGCGGAGCCUGACCCCUGGUCCGUUUAUAGGGAUGCAGAUUAGCUCCAGAUAGGAGCUGACCUAUAAAGAGAAUUAUUACCUAAAAAUCAAGGAAGAGGAAGUUAUAAACAUGUGACCGGCCUUAUAAAUUUUUCUUGGCUCGGCAUUUGGUGAAAUUAAUUUGCGAGCGUUCAGGACGUUGGUUGAUGGAUCACACUGCAGGAGGCUCUCAGGCUUUUGGUGCUCAGACUCGUGGCGGGGCCGUCAGUGGCAGUUGAGGUGAGCUGUCCACGUGCUAGACGGCCUCCCUCCGGCUUUUUCCGCACAGUGAGGCGCUGCUGGGGGUCGGGGGGCCUCUCUGGGCCUCAGUUCUCCCUCUUGGGCAAAGGGGGCUGGGUUAGAUGAUUUCUGGAGUAUUUUCGUGUUCUGUGACUCACUCUUCCUCUCUCUCUGAGUGCCCUCUCUUACUUUCCUUUUUCUUUUUCUUAUAAAUCACCAAGAUAAUUGUCCUUCACCAUUUGGGGGUUAUGACCCAUCGGAAAUCUUGAUGGGAAGGUGUUGACCGGCUUUCUAGAAAAAUCCCCUGCAAACAAAAUUCGCUCUUCCUUUCAGAAGGCUCCUGGAGCACAGACUCUGGGCUGUGAGUGCUGUGCUCAGGGGCCCAGCAGGGACAUCGCACUUGACGGCUCCGGGCCGACGCCAGCCUUCUGUGCUGCGGGCUCGCGCGGCUCACUCCCUAGGCUCUGUAGGACUGUCCGCUCCACUGGGUGACUCUCUAGGGGUGCGUGGUGAUGCCGUUUCCUCUGUCUCACUGGUGCUCCUCCCCAGUCUGUCCCUCGUGUUUAUGCCCACGAGGGACCGCUUUAGAAUUCGGGGGCUCUGAGACCCAUCCGCUUUGCAGACGAGGAGGCCCUCACAGAGCCGUCAGGUGACUCUCCCAGGGGCUAGAGAAGAGCCUUUGCUGGAGGCCACAGUUUCCAAGUUGAGUCCGACUCCCAUCUCACAGAUUUGAGUCCUUUUAAAUCUGCCAAUGGGCAGCUGGGGGCAUUGGAUGAAAAAGUCAUGGUUGGCACUCAGGGGCCCGCACCUCCUGCCCCCCCGCCCCGGACCUAGACCCCUUUGCCCACUGCGUGGCCGUCCGCAGGGCGGCUGGAGUGUGCACACCACAGGCUUCUUGCUUUAUGGACCAGGCUGGCUCUGGAUGGGACCAUGUCCUCCUUGGGGACAUGGCGUCUUGUCACUGCCGAUUGUUUCCAACGUGUCUGCCCGAAGAGGUCCCGUUUUAAUCGGAAGAACUGAAGUGCUCUUUUUUUGGGUGGGCGUCUGUCCAACUGCCGAGGGGAUUUCCACCCUGUUCUCGUAAACAGGCUGGGAGUCGACAGGCAGGGCUGCCCUUCCUGCUCGGGGCUGUUGGGAAGGCCGCCGGCUCCGGCAGGGAUGUCCUCCCCUAGGAUGCCUGGCGGCUUCUGGAAGCGCGGGCUCUGUCUGCGCUGUCGCUGCGGUUGGUUCCCUCCCCGUGUCCCCCGUCCCCCAGCGGGUCCUGAGUCCCCGAGGAAGACGGCUGGGAGAAGGGCAGCAGCACGUGUUUCUAAGGGAGGCGCACCCAAGGUCCAGGCACCGCCUUAGGUGCCGUGUAUGCCUCAAGCGAGGCCCCGUGCGGAUGGCUCCCCCGGCCUGUCCGCCCGCGAUCCAGGCCACCAGCCGCGAGAGGCCGGGGUGCCGCCCCAUCUCUGGCCCAGUCCCAGACCAGCUGUGAGGGCGCCGUCAAGAAGGGAGAGCCUCGAGGGUCUCCUGCUUCCCGGAGCCUCUCAGGCCAUGCUUGCGCACGCUGGUCCAGCGGGGCGUUCGUGAUGGAUUUGGCUCCAGAGGGAUGGCCUGCUCACUGGCGGGACCUGGAGAGGUACAAGCGCUUCCCCAGCUGGUGUAAAAACGGAUGACGACCCACGCGCUCACACGCGGCUGUUUGUCUGAAACAGCACAGGGUGAGAGCUGGCGAGAGCAUCCCCCCCCCACCCCCUGCCCCGCAGCAGGGGACCACGCAGCUGGCUGCCACACAGCUGCAGACUUCCCAGGGAGCUUUCGGUUUCCAUUUGGGGUUGGAGGUCCUGGAAGCAGGCAUUGUCUUCUCACGGCAGGUGGCCGGGAGUUCCUGGACCUUCGGCGUUUCCCCCCUGAAGCAGCACCUCUGUCCUGGGAGCGGUCCUUGGCUCUGGCGUACGUGGGGCGCUGUGAGUCGUGAGACUGCGUGUGUCACGACACUCACAGGAUGUUUUCUCCUUCCCGAGGAUGUGCGACCGGAACGGCGGCCGGCGGCUGCGGCAGUGGCUGAUAGAGCAGAUCGACAGCGCCAUGUACCCGGGGCUGAUCUGGGAGAACGACCAGAAGAGCAUGUUCCGGAUCCCUUGGAAACACGCGGGCAAGCAGGACUACAACCAGGAGGUGGACGCCUCCAUCUUCAAGGCCUGGGCCGUCUUUAAGGGGAAGUUUAAGGAAGGGGACAAGGCCGAACCAGCCACGUGGAAGACGAGGCUACGCUGUGCUUUGAACAAGAGCCCGGAUUUUGAGGAAGUGACAGACCGGUCCCAGCUGGACAUCUCUGAACCAUAUAAAGUUUACCGCAUUGUCCCCGAGGAAGAGCAAAAAUGCAAACUGGGCGUGGUGGCCCCUGGCUGCCUGAGCGAAGCCACAGAGAUGGAGUGCGGGCGCUCGGAGAUCGAGGAGCUCAUCAAGGAGCCCUCCGUGGAUGACUACAUGGGCGUGGUCAAGAGGAGCCCCUCCCCGCCGGAGGCCUGCCGGAGUCAGCUCCUCCCCGACUGGGGGCUGCCGCAGCCCAGCGCAGGCCUGCCACUGGUGCCCGGGUACCCGGCCUACGAUGCUCACCACUCAGCCUUCUCCCAGAUGGUCAUCAGCUUCUACUACGGGGGCAAGCUCGUGGGCCAGACCACCACCAGCUGCCCCGAGGGCUGCCGCCUGGCCCUGGGCCCGCCCGGCCUGCCCAGCGGCAAGCUGUACGGGCCCGAGGGCCUGGAGCUGGUGCGCUUCCCGCCGGCCGACGCCAUCCCCAGCGAGCGGCAGAGGCAGGUGACGCGGAAGCUGUUUGGGCACCUGGAGCGCGGUGUCAUCCUGCACAGCAGCCGCCAGGGCGUGCUGGUCAAGCGGCUGUGCCAGGGCCGCGUCUUCUACAGCGGCAACGUGGCGCCGGGCCGGGCCGGGCCCAACAAGCUGGAGCGCGACGAGGUGGUCAAGGUCUUCGACACCAGCCAGUUCUUCCGAGAGCUGCAGCAGUUCUAUAACAGCCAGGGCCGGCUCCCCGACAGCCGGGUGGUCCUGUGCUUCGGAGAAGAGUUCCCAGAUAUGACGCCCCUGCGCUCCAAGCUCAUCCUCGUGCAGGUGGAGCAGCUCUACGUCCGGCAGCUGGUGGAAGAAGCCGGCAGGAGCUGCAGCGCCAGCUCCGUGAUGCAGGUGCCCGAGGAGGCCCAGCCAGACCAGGUCUUCCGGAUGUUUCCCGAUAUCUGCGCUUCAUACCAGAGACCGCUCUUCCGAGAAAACCAGCAGAUCACAGUUUAAGUGUCUCUCUCGGGAGCCCCACCCCGGCCGCACCUGGCAUUCCGGUACUGCGGAUGUGGAGCCCGCGGACGGGGCGGAAGGCUUCCCUCUGCUCUCCCUGCAGUAAGGGCGCUCGGAGGACUGGCAGGAAGGCAGAGCGGGGCCCCUUCCCUGCUUGGAGCAAGCCGUGGACGCGCACAGCGGGGCGGCAUGUGCGGUGGGACCGCGGCAUUUCUUCCUGGUUCUGCUCAGUCCUCCGACGCCUCCAGCACUUGGGGGCACUCGGAACUUCCAAAGAUGCGGCUUUCCAUUUGACUAGUAAGGAUUUCCUGUGCUUGCUUCCGUGGGAACUGUCCUUUGACUUUUAGGCAUAUGAAUAAGAUUUGAAAAGACCCGGAUACCAGCCUUCCAACCGGUGAGAGCGCACGCCGUGGAAUUGGAAUUCGGGGCCAGCAGCGCCCUGACGUCACCAGGGACCCUGGUGUGUUUCCAUCUUCAGACCGUGAAACCCUCCUGUAGGGCCUUGGUGGCCAGAAACUGUAGAGCUAGGUUUAUUUUUUCAUUCCUGUAAUUAAGUAAUCCUGAUACGUCUGUCUCUUCUUAUUUCUAAAUAGUUUUGACUGGUUUUAAUUGCCGUAUGUUAAAUUAAUUGUCCUAUUGUAAAAUGCCUUGAUCUUUUUAAUAAAAUGGGCAAGAUGGAAAUCCACCAGAUCCCAAAGGAACUGA